AUGUCAGCCUGUCCAAAUGGCGAGCUGUAUGAAAUUCUGUACGAGCCGGAUAUCCCAUGGUUCAAAUGUAUUACCAUGGACAAGCACAAAGAAUCUGUGACUCGCAUUAUCAAAGACCUUCUGCUUGAAUUGGUGAAUGCUGAAGUUGUCCGUCUAGAACUUGAUGCCCCAAAAGACGUGACUGACGCCAACGUUCCUCAAGUUAAUGUCACAAUGAAAGCGCCGGAACCACUUUUGGCAUCAUGGAUGGUGUACCAAUCACCCGGUACAGAUACAUAUGAUGAAUACAUUGAGUUCCAAUAUCCAGCGUUCAUGGGCUCUCUUCCACACAAGGAAAUUUGGAGGGGACUUGAGAAUUCAAGUGGCACUUUUGAGGAUUUCUUAUCUGCAUUUCGCCUUCUAAUCAAAUCCGAUCAUGCUCCAGCUACCACCGCCGACUUUGCUCUUUGUAAUGAUUGUCAAAUUGCUUGCAAUAUGAGACAAAAUCUGGUAUAUAUCGGAUCUUCUACCUCGGAGGCGGCCCUCAAGAAGGUGGUUACGAAGCUUGAGACAGUGCUGAGUCUCUUGUCAAGCAAGAUCAAGGUUUUAACACACUCCAUUCUGCCUGAAGGACCAGGAGAUGUGCGGCUCGCAUAUAGAUGGCUGCACCGGAUUGGAUUGCACCAGGCGACGUUUGCCGUUCCAUGCGGCAAUCUUACCAUAGCAAAUGAGUAUACCCUGCUUUUGAACGCGGCUGCCAUCAGGAUGGAGAAGAAGAACAAGUUUGGGCACUGGGUGCCUGAUGAAACUGUAUACCCAUUGCAAAAUGCACUGAAAGCUAAUGUGGGACAAAGAUUUCAAGUCUUCAAGAAUUUUCAUCCCCGUUCCAAGCCACGAUUUGCGGAUAUCCGCCCGGUGCCAUAUGGACCACCGUCUGCAGCGAAGGAGGUCUCUGCGCCCGCAAAAUUACAAGAACCCAAGCCAAAAGCAGGCGUUAUGGAGUCAGCUGUGCUCGAACAAGGAGCAGAAGGUUGCCACGGAUCCCCGGGCCCUGAGCUGAACGACGGAGGAGAAGUUCCUAUUUUCCAACGACCGCCUGCCUUAGAUCGACAGGUCUAUACGUCUGCAGUCAGAGAAAAAAGUUCAGUAGAACUUGUACUGAGAUCGCGCUUUGUUGAGACUUUGCUUCAGAACCCUCCUCCACCCCAGUCUAUUCCCGACUGGGUAGAAGGCAUAGAAGACGCGGCUCAAUCCGAGUCUGAGAUGAAUGACUUCAUUCAAGAUGAGCCUCUCAUCUCCUUUGAUGAGUCAAGCAAAGAGUCUCAGUGCGGUAGCGAAGCUUUCAAUGCUAUGGAGUUAAGCCCGAUCGACGAUGGGCUUCGAAAGCUUCACAAAGGAAUCAUGCAAAUUGAUCAAUUUGAACAGUCUGAUGAUCUGAUUAUGCUGGAUAACGAACCAGAAGCCUCAAGAGUAAAUAUUGUGCAAGCUUCAGUUAACGGCUUAUCCAAUACGUGUCUCUUAAGCGGCGAAAUUCCUCAAAUAGAGAACGUGUUUUGUCCUGUGCUGGACAACGACUCCAUGAUGAUGGACGAGGGCAAUCCCCUUGAAGCUCGGGAGAUGAAUGUAUUUUCUGAUAGCUUGGUUCGGUUCGGACUGAUGGAAGAAAAGCCGAGAGAAGUUUACCGAACAAUGAAUCAAAAAACAGGCCGUGCCAACAGCAAAGUAACCAAGGGACCUGUUCCUCAUCAGCCCGAAGACGAUACUCAACAUCAAAAAAACUUGAUGCGCGAGGGUAUCGAGCUCGCUAGAAACCGCCGACUAGAGGAAGAGGCUCGCAAAGAAGCUGCACGCCGAGAGUGUAUACAAAAGAAACUCGACGCUCUUGGACCUCCUACGUUAGGAGACCGCCCGACUACUAGAGCACCGGCUAAAAGAGGACCAAAUCCAGUGUCUGAAGAUGAAUUUCCACCACUUGGAGGAGGCCCAUCAUCGUCAAAGAAGCAAGUAAGAAGACUAGUGUUGUAUUCUGAUGCUGCCAAGCUGUCGAGUUCUCGAACUCAGCAAGAGCGGCGGAAAGUUGCUAAUGUACAAGCUACCAAUGAGCAACUACGACCCCUUUCGACUGAAAUAUUCCUUUCAACAUGUGAUAGAAGUAAGAAUAAGUCUAAGGAGCCGAGAGACAAAAUACCCGACAAUCACCUCGACUACGCUGCGCCACAGAAGAGUGACGUUCUGCGUCAUUCAGAAGACCGUCUCAAAGCAAUGUCUCAGACCCUUGAGCAUUCUCCAGGUCACAUUUCAUUGGAAGUCAUCUUCGGGCGCAUCUAUAUCAAAAAGCUGGCUCCAAGUAUGGUGAAAAAUAGCGCUUCUGAGUAUUCGUAUCAAUCAGUCACUGAGGCGGUCAACUUUUUGAAUGGUUCCAAAUUUCCACCGGAUUGUGUCGGCUUCUCGCCGAUUUUGUCUACCAUGGGAGGUGAUGCAGAUCUGCUCGCCAAUAUUACGCCACCGGGCGAUUUACCAUGGCGCCUGACUGAGAGAGAAAUCUGGUACGAUUUUCAGUGCAAACUUCCCGACACCCGAGAUGAAUCUUUCGUCCUCGAGCUGAACGCCAAGACGUUUCAGUAUCGAUGCAGGGGCCCACGUAAGGAACUUUUCUCCAUGUACAUGCACUGUCCUGGAAGAGCAUGGGAUAUGAAAGCUUAUGGAGCUCGGUCUUCUGCUCUGGGAGGGGAGGCGAGAUUUGUCAAGUUUGCUGCGUCUCUGUUUGAGCAGAUGGCCAUCUACGUCGAUGCCAACAACGGCAAUGUAACAAUCGAGUUUUUCGAGAAUUCAGAUGUCCACACCGCCGUCAAGAACAUCACCAUGCGCCAAGUGGCAAAAUUCCGGCACCAGGGGAAAGCGGACAGCUCUCUUCUCUCGAUAGCGAUGAAGCAUAUACUGAAAGAAGGCAUUUCUCCAGUCAUGUGCGACCGCAAUCGAAUGAAAAUAGCAGAAAGAAGAAAGUUCAUCACCCCUGAUGGCUCAGCGAGCAGUGAUUUGCCUCAUCAGUAUAUGGAAGCGAGUAUAACAUCUUCUCGUCUCUCGUCCUUGUUCGAGGAGAAUGUCCAGCUCGAGAGUGGUAACAAGACUGCUUGGGAUAUGGGCCUUCUCGAAGGGCAAGGCGUUUUUGGAGAUAUACUUCGGCCGGCAUUUGGUAUGGUUACGCACAUGGAUUCAAUCGGGGCGUCAAACAACACCAGGAGAUAUGUCAGUAACCAUGACCCGUUCCACGAACCAGCAGUUGUUUCGGCUGGCAAAAAGAAGAAGAUUGAGUUUUGGUGA